GCCCCAGUGCGAUCUGAGUGUUCUGUUGAUCCGGACGGAAAACUCGUCUCGUCCCGCGUCUCGUGAUCGCAAACGCCGAAGACGACGCACGGGGACAUCGCGCGUGGCCAACCGUCGGCGCUGGCUGGAAAUUUUUGACGUUUGACGGUGUACAUGUGUACAUCAGGAGGUUAUCGAUUUUCCACUCCACGCUUGUGCUGAAUUGAUUGCAUGCUGGGACAAUGGUAAACUUUUUAUGGCACUCGUUGUAACUCGGUCGGUAACGGUGUAUGGAAUGCUCUGUCCUAAUUAGGGCCGGAAUUUAUUUCAGCGGUGAAACAGUUAUCGCGUGUGAAAUUAAUUCGGCAAAACGCUUUAGGGUGAAUCUUCGGCAGCGGUUGCGGUGCCGCCGUACUUAAUAUCGUAGGUUGUUUUACGCCAGUGCUCUCCGGGGAAGGGAUACCUACCGAUAAACGAGGUCGUUAGACCGAUGUGCUUAGUUUCGUAAUAUUUCGUUUGGACAUGCUUUUCGGAAAAAUUUGCGGUUUGAUGGAGAGUAUGUGGUUUGAAAACUAUCCUUUCUGUUUACGUGCAUGAAACUUGUUGAUUGAGAUAAGUUGAAAUGCAGACAUAAACAAAAAAUAUAGAAGUAAAUAAAGGUAGAAAAAGUUUCAACUUGGAUGCUGACGGAGAAGUUCGGGAACUUUCAUUUAGAAUACUAAACGAAUAACUUCAACAUGGCAGCGAAGCACAGUCAAAGUACAACUAAGGCAUCUCUAGCGAAGCGAAAUCCCUGUUAAAAGGUGAAAUAUAUUGGAUCGGAGCCGUGAUGAAAUCGCAAAGGCAAACGGGAAAAACAGUAGCAUGAAAUCAUCGCUGGACAAUCUGUUUAACCAUCGGGGGGGUGAGCCGGUAACGUCACUGCAGGUGAUAAUUUACGCUGCCACAUCGUUUCUAAUAGUGUCCCUACUCGGUUUGCUUAUAUAUAUCACCUGCUCCAAGCGGUACCGGCUUAACUGGUUCGAGAAGAAUCUGCUGGAAACAGCCCGGGAAGCUAGCAGUCAGAGGCAAGAUGGCCGUUCCAGCUGUCCUAUUCCGUACAAUGUCGAUGCAAUGCCUGGUACUUCACGAUACCUCAACCGCAACAACAAUAGUCACCUCACCAAGACGGACGAUCCUCCUUUCUGGGCCUCAGAGGGACUAUACAAAACCACCAGCAGUAACGGCCAGCUCAUAGACUCAUCCGAUGAGGAAGCCCCCGAGGACAGUGCUGACUCGUCUAGUAGCUGCAAAUCAGUGAUAGUGGUAGGUUCGAUUCCGAUUGCCCGUACCGACAAACACGUGGUACUGAGCACGACCAGUCCAGCGAAACCCACAACUUCCACAGUGAAAGCAAAAAACAAUCAAAACGGUGCAGUGCCAGAAGAAGUGGUCGAUGCAACCAAAUCGAAACGGAACUCUCAGAUCAAGCUGGACCUUGGAGACGAUGCACGAGGUGCUAUCCAUUUGACGCUCAACUAUGAUCCCAGUGCCGGGAUUCUAAAUGUGAAACUCAUCGAGGCUCAGGACCUGCAGCCACGUGAUUUCAGUGGGACGGCUGACCCGUACGCAAAAAUAAGACUGCUUCCAGAUCGUAACAACAUGUGGCAAACUAGGAUACACAAGAAAACACUGAAUCCAGUAUUCGACGAAGAUUUCGUAUUCGAGGUAUGGCCAGCUACCGUGGGACGUCGCGCUCUCGAGGUGAUUCUUUUCGACUUUGACGCCUACUCACGCCAUGUCGUUAUCGGAGGUACCCAACUUGCGCUGGUGCAUGUUGACCUAUCGGACCGGAUAGAUAUCUGGCGACCGCUAGGGCCCUGCACUGAAGCAGAAACCAAACAGGACUUAGGAGACCUUAUGGUGUCGCUAUCAUAUCUUCCAUCAGCCGAAAGGUUAACCGUAGUUAUAAUCAAAGCCAGAAACCUCCGAAUCAUUGACGAAACUCGGAACUCUUCGGAUCCGUACGUCAAAGUGUCACUGUACAACAUUGACGGCAAGCGACUGAAGAAACGGAAGACAACGGUGGCUAGGAACACAACUGCCCCAGUAUUCAACGAGGCACUUUCGUUCGAUAUUGCUAAGGAUGCUCUGAAGAAUUGCACUAUCGAACUGCAAGUUCUUCACGACAGUCUGCUGGGAAAAAACGAAGUUUUAGGUAGAGCCAUUGUUGGGAGUGGUCCUGACGCUAGAUCAGAAGAUCGCGCCUUUUUCGAUGAACUGUUUCGAAAUCGAUCAGCCACUGCUCAAUGGAUUACACUGACAGAUUGGAAGACAUCCAAGCUUCCGGUUGAUAAAUAAAUUAACCGUCACAUGGUUUGUUCUACGCAAACGUCCAGUGUACCUUACUCUACAUAUAUAAAUAAUGCUGUUUGUUAACCAACCAAAUCUAACAUAAAGUUGUUAUUAAAUGUUCUCAGUCUAUUUACGUAUCAAUGUGAUGAAAGUGCAAACGGUUUUACAGCGAUUAGUUUUGGAGCAUGAUCGAGAAAAUAUUUACUGUAGCUUAGAUCUCCUGUAGACAUAUUUUCUAUUGCUAAGCAAGCUUACGUAAUGGUAUUAUUUUGAAUAAUCUAUCUGAAACAUAUUGUUUUUUCUACAUCCUUGAGUACACAAAAGGAUUGCUAAGAGGUUUAUCUAUACAUAUGACUCUAAUCUAUACCAAUUUACACCAGAGGAAAAACAGCCACAGUUUUAUCAGGAUUAUAUCUUCAGGAGCAGUCUGUAAACAGUUUAUGGAAUCGAAAUGACCAGUGCAAGAGCACUAUCUAUAUAUACAAAUCAGUGACAUCAGUGAACAUCCUUACCUAAUGUUACACAGUAAUACAAAUAAACGAAAAUAUGUGCUACCCCAAA